UAAACAAAGUCCGAAGCUUUUUCGGAAAAGCAUUAAGUUUUAUUUCGAACAACCGUGAAUAUGAGGUGUAUAAUUAUUUUUGUUGCAGUGUUCUCAAUUAUAACAAAAAUUCGUGGCUUUCCUGAUAAAAAAUUUGGAACUAUCCACAAAGAUGACAAAGAAACAAUUCUAAAUUCAGUUGAACCGGACAGAAUUCAUUUCACCCUGUAUACUCGAACUAAUUUAAAUGAGCCCGUUGAGAUCGUUAUGAAUGAUAUGGAAACGUUAGUGAGGUCACCUUUUGAUUUUCAGAACCCUACUCGAAUUUUUAUCCAUGGCUGGAAAAUCUCAAACGCAGCUGGAGUUGCUAUUGGUAUAAAGAAUGCUAUGUUUGAAAGUGAUCCAACUAGACAAUUGAACUUCAUAGUUGUCGAUUGGAAAGUAUACAGCAAUUUCGAAAACUAUACAAUUUCCAAAGCACUGUGUUCGACAGCUGGCAAAGAAGUAGCUCAAUUCAUCGAUUGGCUGCAUGACAAUGCCAAGCUGCGAUUUGAUUCCUUGACUUUGUAUGGUAGCAGUAUGGGAGCACACGUAUCUGGUUUUGCUGGAAAGAAUGUCCAACGUGGAAAAAUCCACAGUAUCAUAGCUUUGGAUCCUGCUCUGCCAGAAUUCGAAUACAAUGACCCGACAAGUCGAUUGGCUAACACCGAUGCUGAGUAUGUAGAAUCGAUUCAAACAAAUGGUGGAGAAUGGGGCUUCUAUCAGCCAAUCGGUCAGACGACCUUUUAUCCGAAUGGGGGUAGACAUCAACCUGGAUGCCAAGACGACCGCGAUGGUGAUAUGUGUUCUCAUAAAAGAGCCGCUACUUAUUUUGUAGAAGCCAUAAGUUUACCUGAAAAAAAUCAAUUUCAUGCGGUUAAAUGUGAUCGGCUCGAGAAUGUCGAAGAUGGCAAAUGUGAUCGGUAUGAAACAAUAAUUAAAAUGGGUGAUCCAAGUAAUGUACAUAAGGCCAAAGGUAUAUAUUAUUUAGAAACAAAUAGUGCGUCACCCUUUGCAAAAGGGGAUCGUUUUUAUUCUGAAAAAAUGCUAGAAAUAAAAAAUCCUAACCAAAGUUGA